UGUAGCACACAGUGCCCAAAUUCUGCGUAACCCAGUUGUAGAGUCAGCAAGUACCAGCUACGAGUAGUAUUGGAAUGUAAUUUAGAGCAUUAGCAUUGAAAAUUUGUCAGUGGUUUUAUCGGACUCUGUUAACUCGUCCAGUGAUUGUUGAUUUUUUAUUCGCAUUGGUUCCGGGAAGCUGCGUGUUGGUGAAUCCGAGAAUUUCUUUCCAAGUUGAUAAACAGCGAAAGUGAAAGCGAGAAGAUGUCGGAGGGAGACGACGCUCACAACAAGCGCAGCAGCCAUCUUUACAGCGAGCAGUUCGACGCGGACGCGGACAAGGGCGACCUGGAGCUGGCGGGGCUGGACAAGGCGCAGGUGGACCGGCGCGAGGAGCGGCUGCGCGGCGUCAAGGCCUGCCUGAGCGAGUGGCGGCCCGUGACGCUGCUGCUGGCGCAGCUGCUGCAGUGGCAGCGCCCCUGGUUCCCCGCGCUGCUCCUGGGGCUGAACUCCCUCUUCUUCCUCCUCGUCUGGCUGCUGGACCUCUCCGUGCUCUCCACGCUGGCCCUGCUCGGCGUCGUCGUCACGCUGGCCGACGCCAUCGUGCCCGUCGUCUCGGCCACCAUCUUCGACGCCAACGCCUGGACGGACGAGCAGGAGCGCGAGCUGGACGCGGUGUGCGGGCGCAUCCUGGACUCGCGGGAGCAGGCGGAGACGCUGUGGGCCAAUUUGAAGCGGCUGAAGGCCAGUCUGCCGCGCAGCUUCAGUCUGGCGCUGUGCGGCCUGCUCGUCGUGCUGGCCAUCCUCUUCGACAAGAUCAACAACGCCCUGCUCCUCUACAUCCUCACCUCGGCGCUCCUCCUCACGCCCGGCCUCCUGGCGCGCAAGGUCCCGCAGUUGGCGCGCCAGCACGGCGCCCAAUUACUGCACAAGCUGAAGAAGACCAAGCCCGCAAAGCAGCACUGACCACUGACCAGCAGUGCGGCCAGCCUUCCAGCGGCGUCAACGACACGAUGGCCUGACAUUCCUGCGAGUGCACACUCACCUGAUAAUCUCUCAUCCCUUGAUAACGAUUUAGCAUAAUUAUCCAUUGAAUUAUACCCUCCUUGGACUGCAACGGACGCACUGAAUCCGGGACCUGUCAGUUUUGAGUUUCCGCCUGAUAGUCUUAUUAAUCGCGCCAUUUGUUCGUGUUUCUUUAAUCAGCUUGGCUGGCUGAUUUGCUGCUGCUUGCAGUAAUCAGCAUGCGGCCCUAAGAUCCUCUUACUCUUGUUGCGCUGUGUGCGUGGUGGAUUGUUUGUUGUGACUGGGAUUACUUAUUGCUUAUGCAGAUUAUCGCUUCUUAUUGAUUUUGCGUUUUUGGCGCACCUACAGACGCCGACUUACCACUUAACGUGUGUUUUGUCACUCUAACCUGACUUGGCUUGCACGUGGGCCACUCAUGACCAUGUAACGUGUGAUGAAAAUGAAGUAUUUCCAUUUUU